AACGUGCCUCUUGAAAACAGAUACGGUACGAUUUUACUCUGUCAACAGCCUGUAAUAUUAAUUCAGUAAUAACUAGCUAGUUUUGUUAGUAACAUCAACAGUAAUGGAGUGUUGAAUAAUGAAGGGUUUCUCGAAUUUUACUGUAAAUUAAUUAAAUAUAAGGAAAUUGAGAACUUGUAAUCCAAAUAUUAUAUUGUAAAACAGAAAAUAGUUAGCAGACGACAACCUGUAUCGGAAGAUUAGUAAACACACCAUACAGCAAAACGUAAUAAAAAACAAUAUAUAUAUAACGUCAUUUCAAUCCUGAUAUAUCUCCCAUAAUGUAGCACGUUGCAAAUAUGGUGUUUUGAGGUUAGGAAUAUGUAAGAUCGUAAAAAGUAUAUUGUGAUCAAAAUGUUCGCUAUACUUGUAUAUGUCUCUAUUCGUGGAUGACCAGCAGAGACAAUCCACAGAAUACGUCAGGUUGGACUGACAAACAGUGAGCAAAUUUCAAUCUUUUGUUGUUGAAUGUCAUUUCAUCAACCUACUUGUCAUCUGUAAAACCCCUGGACAUGAUGGCUUUGUAAUUCUUCCAAGAAUAAAUUUACACCCUUGUAAUGGAGUCUACAUUUGCUGUGUCCAUGCAAGAUCUACCUACAGAAAUAAUUGAAAUAAUCGCAAGUUAUUUAUCCAGUGACGAUCUUGAUGCCUGUUUCAGAGUCUGUAGAGGUUGGAAGAGUGUUUUCAACUUAAACAGGAUUUGGAGAAAAUACUGUGUUUAUCCUGAAAAAUAUUUCAAAGCAUCAGGAUCUACUUUAGGGUCUAGAGGCAACAAAGACUAUGAAGAGGUAUGUUUUUGGAAGAAAAGUUAUGAUCGUCAAAAGUUGCUUUGGGAUAACUGGAGUAAGGGACGAUUUACAAAGAAAAAGACUGAUAUGUGUCUGUCAAUGUUAAGUUAUUUAGUUUAUUUUGUUGAUAACUUUGGAAAUUAUUGGUUACUAUAUUCCAAUUAUGAUGAUGGUAUAUCAGUUUGGAAAAUAGAUGAAAUCCCAGACUUUCAUUGUAAACUUGACGAAAAAGAUCAGUUUGGUAUAGUGCCUAUUAAGAAUAAACUUUUAACACACAUUUCAGAUUAUAUACAGAUUUUUGAGUUUAAACCUCCAGAAAAUGAGCUCGUGCUUCAGUAUAGGUUCAAAUUCAAUGAAGACACUAUCUUACCUAAAGAUAAUGUGUUUAUAAAUGAGUAUGUUAGCAGUCAACGAUUCAUUAUUGUUGAUAAUUUCUUAAUCGGUUACUGUGAAAGUAUCACAGAUCUCCUGCACACUUAUGUUCACAUUUGGGACUGUGAUUCAGGUGAAAAAGUAGCAACACAAAGUAUUUUUCAGCACUCAUUUGUUGAUUACAUGUCAUCAUCAACUGGCAUUGUCAUCACUACAGACUUCGAAGGUAGUUUAUUGCUGUUUGAUAGUGACUCCAGACGAUUUCUGGUCAGUACGACUUCUCAUCGAUAUAAAUUGUGUGAAAUAAGUUUGUUUAGUUUGGAUGAGAUGAAGUUUGUCAAUGUGGUGGCUCGCAUAGAGAGUGGUGAUAUUUGGUGUAUCAUGAAGGGGGAUACGGUUGCCAUCUAUCACUCCGUGUGUUCAUAUAAUAGAUUGUCUCAAUUAUCUGUAUACAAUACCAAUGGCAAGUUCUUAGCUAAGUUGGACAUCGCACACGCCUAUAAUCAUUAUAUAUAUCGUGAGUUUUGGUUAACACUCUCCAGGGUCAUCCUCAAAGUUAGGAAUACAAUUUAUGUACUUGAUAUAACUGAUUUGGAGAACAUACGUGCUAGAAGCUUCGAUACCAACACAAAUACAUUAACUCUUGGGUACGUUGAGCCGAAGUUUCUAUUGUUGUAUGAUAUGCUUGACCCUUUCGAUUUUUCUCAGAAGGAAUGUGCGUUAGUAAGUAUCUGGGACGUUGAUUCGGGCUCAAAACUCUGGAACCUGGGGCAUUUAGAUAAAAUUGACUCAUGUAGGUUUCUGUUUAGUGAAUCAGUGUAUCCAAAUAAAGUAAUUGUACAUUUUACAGGCGAGAAGGAAGUAAGUUUGUUAGAUUUUGAAUGUGAAUAAUAGUCUUGACCAAUAAAUUUGUGUAAACUCACUA